AUGUCAUCACAAGAUAAAGUAAAGAAGGCUGGUAAGAAGUGGAAGGAGAUAGUGGAGGAACCACCCAAAGUAUCUGCUUCUGAAUUGAUGAGAGACCACGACUUUGUAGGAACACUGACCAAACGAGGAGGUUCCAUUAAAACAUGGCACGAGAGAUUAUGUAUUUUGCAUCAAGGAAAAUUAUAUUACUAUGUAUCACAGAAAGAUACCAAACCCAAAGGAAUGAUUAAUGUUCAGGGAUUAACUUGUCAAGCAGCCGAAUUGAAUUACAAAAAGAAAUUUGGUAUUAAAAUCAUUUCACCUCAUCGUACUUAUUAUCUUGCUUGUGAGGAUGAAAAUGACCAAAGCAAUUGGAUAAAGGAAAUUAAUGAUUCAUCUGUUAGGAAUUCAGAUUACAGACUUCAUGUAGUUGAUCCAGAUUUUAGUGAAGAUUGUACUUUUCAUGAUAUACAGAGAGCUGUUGAUUUUGCAAAGGAGGGAGACCAUGUUGUUUUGAGAAGUGGAAUUUACAAAGUUCCUGAAACAGUUGUCAUUAAGAAACCACUCACCAUUCGUGGAGUUUAUCCAGAUUCAUCACUUGUACAUAUUGCCUCUUCGGAUAGCUCAAAAUCAAUUUUGAGAGUGGACUCUUUUAAUGAGAAUUUAACAAUUCAACAAUUGGAAAAACAACGUUUAUUGGAUGGUGGGGGAAGUGUCAAAUUUGAACAUGUCACACUCACACAGAAUGCUGCUAGGGAUAGUAUUUUAUUUUAUGAAUCGGCGUCGUGUUUGGAAAUUGUUUCAGGAUCAUGCACUCUGCAACAUGUCCAUUUGAGAGCAAGUUAUGGAGUUGGUGUUACUGUAAAGAAUAGAUUAUACAUUCCACCUGUGAAAAACACAACUGAUGCAGCAGUUUCUACAACUCCUUCGACAGCAUCAAUUGAAUCAAACACUCAACCACCUCCACCGCCACUGCCAUCGACUGGUAGUAAGAAACCAAUUUGUGAUCCUCCCAAAUUAAUCAUGACCGAGUGCCACGUGGAAUUUAACAAACUUCAUGGAAUGCGACUCGAAGAUGACACUCUGUGUGAAGUAACCAAAAGUCUCUUUCAAAAGAAUGAUGGAAAUGCCAUUCUCUGCAAAGGUGAGGCCUCUAUGAGAAUUGAGAGAAGUGUCUUUAGUGGACACACCAGAAAUGCCAUUGUUUUGGAAUCAACCAAGACAUCAACAAUUUGUGGAAAUAAGAUGCAACUGAAUGGACCUGGAGGAAAGUCUCAUAUUCACAUUGCCGAAGACGCAGCACCUUGUGCCUUAGAGGAAAAUGAUUUUCUAUAAAAUACAUUCAUUUAUUUG